AGCUGCGCGGUGAUCCCAGCGUGCACCGCGGCGCGGAACCGGCGCCGGGAGCGGACGAGCGAGGUGGUUCAGGGCGCUGCUUGCGCUCGGAGUCGGCUGGUGGCCUGAAGCUCGAGGCGGAGUCGACAUGGAAGUGAAGGAUGCCAAUUCUGCACUGCUCAGUAACUAUGAGGUGUUCCAGUUACUAAGUGAUCUGAAAGAGCAGCGUAAAGAAAGUGGAAAGAAUAAACACAGUUCUGGGCAACAGAACUUGAAUACUAUCACCUAUGAAACAUUAAAAUACAUAUCAAAAACAUCAUGCAAGUACCAGAGUCCUGAGAUUGUCAGAGAAUUUCUCACAGCAGUGAAAAGCCACAAACUGACCAAAGCUGAAAAGCUUCAGCUGCUGAAUCACAGGCCCAUGACUGCUGUUGAGAUCCAGCUGAUGGUGGAAGAAAGUGAAGAACGGCUCACAGAGGAGCAGAUCGAAGCUCUCCUCCACACUGUUACGAGCAUUCUUCCUGCAGGGCCAGAGGCUGAGCAGAAGGAAAGUACCAAUGAUGAUGUGACAAUGGCCGAAGAGGACCCAGCAUAGACGAGGACAGCUGGCCCAGGUUCUUUCAGCCUCCCAACCACCCCUGCCAGCUGCAAUUAUGUCAGUCAUCAUCUAACAUCAACCUUUUCAUCUAAAGAUCAGCUUAGCUCUCCUAACAGGCAAAAUUGAAAUUAGCAGGGGAUUUAUUUUGAAAUCUCUUGAAUAUUGGGAGCUUUACCAGGAGUUGUUGAUGUAUUUGCCAAGGCAUAUGUGUGCUCAUGUCAUUGUUUCAUUUUCAUGGUGAAUGUGCGAGAUGUUUUUUCUUGAUGGAUUUAGGGCUUAAUCUAGUUAGUGAUAAAUUGUUUCCAGUUGACUGCCAACUUGUGAUUUUUUUUAAUCUUUGAAGAGUUUGAUUUGCCAUGGAUAGAAAGAAAGUGAAAUUUUGAUUUAAAAUAAAAAAUAUGUAAUUUUGUUUUUCUUAUUUA